AGGACGAGCGAGCAGGAGAGAGCCUUCGGAGUCUUUUAAUUAAAGCUCGUAGCAUAUUCCGUAUUCCCAAGUGGCGGCAGCCGCCCGCGCUUCCCCAGGACAGCUCGGGCUCGGCAUGGACGGGGACCGCGGCUCGGCGGGCACCGGCGGCUGCAGGGUCGCGCUCCGGGCUCGCCCGGCCCCAUGAUGAGCUCGCCCAGCGCCCGGAGCCCCCGGACUCGAGUGCCCGAUGGGGCUGAUCCAGGAGCCGGCACAGGGACAGCCCGAGCAUGAGAGCGGCCGCGGGGAUGAAGCUCCCGGAGAGGAGGAGGAGCCGCCGCAGCGGAGCCGGCAAGCCGAGAUCCCCUCCUGGGAGAAGAUGCCAUUCCACCAUGUGACAGCUGGCUUGUUGUACAAGGGCAAUUACCUGAACCGCUCGCUCUCGGCCGGCAGCGACAGCGAGCAGCUGGCCAACAUCUCCGUGGAGGAGCUCGAUGAGAUCCGAGAGGCUUUCCGAGUGCUGGACCGGGACGGGAAUGGCUUCAUCUCCAAGCAGGAGCUGGGCAUGGCCAUGCGCUCCCUGGGCUACAUGCCCAGCGAGGUGGAGCUGGCCAUCAUCAUGCAGCGCCUGGACAUGGAUGGGGAUGGCCAGGUGGAUUUUGAUGAAUUUAUGACGAUUCUGGGACCUAAGCUGGUGUCAUCAGAGGGCAGGGACGGCUUCCUGGGGAACACAAUAGACAGCAUAUUCUGGCAGUUUGACAUGCAGAGGAUAACGCUGGAGGAGCUGAAGCACAUCCUGUACCACGCCUUCCGCGACCACCUCACCAUGAAGGACAUCGAGAACAUCAUCAUCAACGAGGAGGAGAGCUUGAAUGAGAACUCUGGGAACUGCCAAACGGAGUUUGAAGUGCACGCCCAGAAGCAGAACCGCCAGACGUGCGUGCGCAAGAGCCUCAUCUGCGCCUUCGCCAUGGCCUUCAUCAUCAGCGUGAUGCUGAUCGCGGCCAACCAGAUCCUGCGCAGCGGCAUGGAGUAGUGCUGGCACGGCUGGAGUGGUCCUGGCACGGGAUGGCAGCCAUGCAUGCGCACCCGGGAGAGCUCCCGCCCCGAUCCCACGGCACCGACACGCGGGCACCGCCGGCGCCUGCGGCAGGAGCCUGAGCCAGCAGCGUGUCCUGUGAACCAACCACAUCCUUUUGGCAGGGACAUCAAAGGGCUGUUCUAAUGCUUUAAAGGUUUUGUUUCCUAAUGCAAUAAUCCCAUAUCCAGGAGUCCCGUAUUAUUGCUUCGAAGCAGCAAUGGCAGCGCGGAGGAGGCCGGGCUCCGGCGCUCUGCGGGUUGAAGGAGGCCCAGCCUCGGGGCUCGUCCUUUCCCCAGGGCCCCCUGACUGUCCCCCGGAGCUCCCACGCUCGCAGGAAGUGAUCGUAGCAUUGCCACAAGCGAGUUCCUUUUGUUCCACGUGUUCCAGCUUCACUUUCCUUUUCCCUUAUGACCAUGCCAUGGAAUUUACGGCAUUAGAGGGGAGCUAGAGCAUCCUUGUACAGUAUUUUCUGAUGAAAAAGGGGAGAAUUUGCCAGCACCAUACAAAAUGUCUAUUUUUUGCUUCAUCAAGUCCACCUUUGACAUGAGACUGUGGGGUAGCAGGAGUCUGUUGGCCAUUUUUUUCUGACUGUGAAUCAGGGCUUGAGGAGCACCACCUGGGCAUUGCUGAACUUGUGCAAAGUCUUCCAAGGGACUCUGCCACCACCAGCGCCAGCUAAACUUCCCUCUCCUCGGGCUUUUCUGCAUAUUCAACAUUUCCUCUCCAGCACUUUUACCCUUCUUCUUCAUUGGUCUUCAAGAAUUUUUUCCCAGGUGAAAAUCCUGAGGGAGGCUCUUCUCGAGCUUUCCUCCCCUCUCCUUGCUUGCACAAAUUUAAUUGAUUCCAUUUCGUGUGGCCUGCUCAUGAUCUGCAGUGAAACCUCCAUGGCAGACAUCAUCCUGUGGGGGAGGUUUUAUUUUCACCCGCGUGGUAAAGCGUGGAUUUGACCAGACAAGUUCUCCGUUCCCUCCCAGGAUCCAUCCCACCACCCCCAUCCCAUGGGCAGGCUCCAAAGGGGGAAAAGCCGAGUGCAGCAGGAGAAGGAACCAGAGCUGAGCCCACUCCCGUGUGUUUGAAGUGUGUCAGACUUCCAGAUCCGGGAGCGCUGGGUGCUUUUCCUGGAAUACCUCUCAAGGAGCAGCAAGGAGAAGAUGGAAUGAUGCAGAGCAGGGACACCACACGGGAAGUGCGAGGAGCCGGGAUUGCUUGGGAAUGUGAUUUUCCUUUAAAACUUGAUACAAAUCCAUGCAUUUCCCUUUGGAUGAACUGUGCCCCUGGGUGCCACACCAGGACAGAGGUGAUCUCCUGCCCUCCUGGGAGGGCUCUCCCAGCUGGUGAUCAUGGAGUGCUCCAAGGGAGUUCCACGGAGGCACUCGGGUGUUGGAGUGGGGUGGCUGUGCUGGGAGAGCUCCAGGCACACCCAGGAGCCCUGAGGUGUCGCUCCUGGCAGUGGAGGUGACUGUCCCCUGUGCCACAGAGCACAGGGUGGCUCCCCUGGGGGCUGCACAGUCCCACACUGCAGCCAUUGGCUUCCACUGGAUCCAUCCCCAGCACCAUCCCAGCUCUUGCUUUUCCACCUGAGUAUCGACAUUUACCUGCGUUUUUGGCAGCCUUAUUUAAAAGUCUGCUGCUCUUUGUCCUGUCUCCCACCACGCCUUUAAACUCAAGUCACUUUUAGGUGUCUCAGUCUCCCUUGUCCUGCCGUUUUCCUGGUGUCCCCUCCAUCCCAAAGACAACACCUUUUCCUCAACAGCUGAGUUGGUUUGUUCUGCCUUUCCCAAACACACAACUCCUGCAUUUCUGUUCUACUGUGACCAAUAGAGGUG